GCGCGGGCGGCCGGGCGGAGGGUGGCGGUGUACGGGGCUGCGAGGUUUCGGUCCGGCAGGCCCCGGCUUUGCGCCAGGCGUUGGAGACCCGGGACGCGGCGCCAUCGCGGUCAGCGUUCGCUGCUGCCGCGCUCUGCGAGGCCAGCCGGCAGCGGGGACUGCGAGCGGCAGCAACCUUGGUACUGAGGCCAGAACCCUGCCCCUGCGCCCCGACGGUCCGCCGGGAGGAGAGGCUGCACUCCCCACCCUUCUGGCUCUCGCGUCCGUGUCUGCCUGGAAAUUUCCGCCUGCGCAUUACGAGAUGUAAGCGAGGUUAGCGAGUCGCGUAGGGAAGUGGAGAGACAAAAUGUGUGAGUUUGAUCUGAAGAACGAACUGAAAUGCGAAGGUUGCGGGAAGGAAGCAGAGUUCAAGUUCUAACUUCUGCUCCUGCCCUAGAUGCCUGUGAUGUGUCCACAUACCUGCUUAUUUUAACGUUUAUUCUGAGAUGUGCCCCCUUGUUAAAGCCAUCCUGAGAAAACGGUUUUCCUCUCGGUACGACCUCUACCUCAUACUUUCAUUUGCACAAUAACUGCUAAACUUGGACGAAAAAACCGCAUUCUUUUUCAGUUUUCUAACUGGAACUUUGAGAUUUGGGUCAGCGUCUCUGGAAUUGGAGGUAAAAAUACAAAAAUCCGCAAAUGAAACUGCAGUUAUGAUCUCUCCGUGGUGCUGAAGCAACACUCUCCAGGGUGGUUCGGCCACUCUCCAGGCGCCUCAGUCGUUUGUUCUGAGAUUAUCAUAUUCCUUUUUAGCUUUCACAUUUGGAGUCUAACAGGAAAUAUUUUUGUCUCUCAGUGAUAACUUUCUUUUACUCUAGGUACAAAAUCGGACCUGGAUCUUCAAUCUGUUAGUUUUCGAAUAAGCAUAGGAGACAUUUGAAAAAUUACUUCCCUUCUAUUAUUUUAGCAGAGCACUAAAAUUUCUCCUUUUACUCUCGUGGUACUACGGGCCCUCCGUUCGCAGCGCCCAGACCGGGAAACGCCCGGGAGAGCGCCGCGCCGCGCCUGCGCGCUGAGCUCCCGGAACUGCGCUUGCCGCGGCCCGGCCUACUCCCAUGAGGCCGCGGGCGCGCGGGCGCGGUGUCGAGCGACGGCUUCCUGUGUCGCGGGGUGCGGAGGCCGGCGACCGGAAGGUUUUCUGUGAACAAGCAAACUAUUUCUGCUGUUACUCUUCUGGCCUCCAAUGCUAAAACUGUCAACUUCCAGACUUCAGAUGUUCCUCAUUGGAUUAGAACUAUCAACAACAGACACAUUCCACUGUAAGUUAGGGUGGACCUAUAUGAUUCCUUUAUUCCUGGGGUUGUCAUAUGAUGGCUGAAAAUGACAGAGAUGGAAACCAAACCAAGAAACUCCUAAAAAGAGUACAAGAACUGGAGCAGGAGGUACAGAGACUUAAAAAGGAACAUGCCAACACCAAGGACACAAAUGUUAGAGAAAAUUCAUCAGAAGGUGGAAAAGCUAAGCGUGCAUUUGAUUUCAGAGCUCAUGGCCAAAGACAUAUAGCCCUAAAAAUAGCCUAUCUUGGCUGGGGAUACCAGGGCUUUGCUAGUCAGGAAAACACAAAUAAUACGAUUGAAGAGAAACUGUUUGAGGCUCUAACCAAGACUCGACUAGUAGAAAGCAGACAGACAUCCAGCUAUCACCGAUGUGGGCGAACAGACAAAGGAGUUAGUGCCUUUGGACAGGUGAUUUCUCUUGACCUUCGUUCUAAGUUUCCAAGGGGCAGGGAUUCAGAGGGUUUUUACUUAAAAGAUGAAGCUAGUGAUGCUGCAAAAGAGAUCCGAUAUACCCACAUUCUCAAUCGGGUACUCCCUCCAGACAUCCGUAUACUGGCCUGGGCCCCUGUAGAACCUAGCUUCAGUGCUAGGUUCAGCUGUCUUGAGCGGACUUACCGUUAUUUUUUCCCUCGUGCUGAUUUAGAUAUUGAAACCAUGAAUUAUGCAGCUCAAAAGUAUGUUGGCACCCAUGAUUUCAGGAACUUGUGUAAAAUGGAUGUAGCCAAUGGAGUGAUUAACUUUCAGAGGACGAUUCUGUCUGCUCAAGUACAGCUAGUGUGCCAGAGCCUGGGUGAGGAAAGAUGGCAAGAACCUUUUCAGUUAUGUCAAUUUGAAGUGACUGGUCAGGCGUUCCUUUAUCAUCAAGUCCGCUGUAUGAUGGCUAUCCUCUUUCUGAUUGGCCAAGGAAUGGAGAAGCCAGAGAUUAUUGAUGAGCUGCUGAACAUAGAGAAAAAUCCCCAGAAACCUCAAUAUAGUAUGGCUGUAGAAUUUCCUCUAGUCUUGUAUGACUGUAAGUUUGAAAAUAUCAAGUGGAUCUAUGACCGGGAGGUUCAGGAGUUCAAUGUUACCCACCUACAACAGCUAUGGGCUAACCAUGCUGUCAAAACUCACAUGUUGUAUAGUAUGCUACAAGGACUGGACUCUGUUGCAAUACCCUGUGGAACAGGACCAAAGAUGGAUGGAAUGAUAGAAUGGAGAAAUGUUAAGCCCUCUGUCAUAAAGCAGACCAGUGCCUUUGUAGAAGGAGUGAAAAUGCGCACUUAUAAGCCCCUGAUGGAUCGUCCUAAAUGCCAAGGAUUGGAAUCCCGUAUCCAGCAUUUUGUACGUAGGGGACGCAUCGAGCACCCAUAUUUAUUCCAUGAGGAAGAGAAUACUAUGUUGGAGACACCAACAAAGAGGGUCUGUGUUGAUAUGGAAAUAAAAAACAUCACUUAACCACAAACUUACCAGGAUCUAAGAACCAACAACGAACUAGUGGUAGGUGGGCAGAAAAGAAAUACAAAAAAAAUUAUUUACUGUAAGAAGUACUAGAAAUUCAGAUGAUCAGCUAAGACUUUAAGGUCCUAUUAAGGAAGAUUUUGCUUUAACAAGAAAGAGUUCAAACGUUAUUUCAUCCUUGUCUAAAAGGAUUAAGAGAUGAAAGCAGCAAAAAGCAAUUGUAAAAUGGAGAUGUACUUAUUUGUGUACACCUGGAAAUCUGUGCCUUGUGUUUAAAUUCAUCAAAGCCUAAUACUGCAAGUGUGUAAUUCGUCAUGCUGUUCUUUUUCAAAGCAAAUGAGUUAUUCGUUACUCAUCUGAAUUCUCAUAAAGAGGUUCACCUGAGUGUCUUAUUUUCUAAGAAUUUAGAAAUAUUAAUUUCAACCAAUUAAGGAUUGGAAAAAUUGAUUAAGUGGCAGGCAUUAUGCUAGCUCGAAGUCACCUAACCAAACAAGACACAGCACCUUUCCUUAUGAAGCAUAUAAACCUAGUGCAGAGAAGGAAUAAAGAGUAAAUAUUUUAG